AAAUCAUAAGUUAUUUUUAACACUUAGGUUGGGAGCGCUGUACGCUGGGUUGCUAAUCGCCGCGGUCUACCAGUGCGCUUGUGGUUUAACAAAGCCUGUCUAUAGCAGGGACAUCUCUUGCCUGCAGUUAAUCCUACUUAAAGUUUUUUGGUAACAGCACAGAUAUCAUCUUUGCUGCGUAUUUGCAAUUUGAUAUUGUUGAAAUGUUUUCUGCCACAGCGCAUCAAGUCGUCAAAAGCCUUGGAAAGGAUAGUCUGAUCCCGGUGCAAAGCAUAGAUGUAUCGGACAAUAUCAAACCACUGGCUAUACUACUAACGGAAAGACGGAGGAGGUUCUUUUGGAGACGUACUCGCUACUUGACCACUGAAUUUUGCCUUGAUGACAUAUUAGACGAGGCUCUCUGCAAAGACGGCGCCAACAAAGAUGAAAUUGUGCGAUCAAGAGAACUUGCCAAAUUUGACUUCGAAACAAACUUCUCAUUAAGUGGAAAGCUUGGAAUCGACCUGCAGAAGGAAUUUUUGGAUUUUGAAUUAGAUGCCAGUGAUAAUGCAACCGUAAAGAGCGAACUUGGGGAGUUACGAAAAGAGGAAGUAAAUUUGCCAGCAUUUCUUAGUCUAACAAAAGAAAGGAGAAUAAAUCUGCAGCAUCAGCUUGUGGCACCAUUGACCAACGACAGCACCAGAAGUCUUUGCCUUGUGACUGGUGUAGUUCACCUUGCAGCUACUGCUACUCUUACUGGACAGAUAAAAGAAAGUGGCUCAGAGAGUGGCUCAUGUAUGAUGCCUCUUUGUUCCAAGGGGUCUACUGAAACUGGAGAAGUUUCUAAAUCCAAGGUAAAAAAGCUGGAAGUGCCAGCUGGCACAGCUUUAGCCUACACUGUCCGAGAAUUGCUGGUCAGCACUGUGGAUGGUCAGUUUCGUGUUGUUUUAGAUACCAGUUGCCAUGGUGGCUUCGUAUUCUCUCUUGAUGCAGAUGUGGAUGAUGUUGAUGGACCAUCUUCAGAUUCUUUAGUGAAGGCAUCCUUUUUGCAUGGAAUACUUUCAUCAGAAAUACCAAAGGAUGAUUUGCGAGCUUCUCUGUUGGAAAUUUUGAAAGUUCCUAAAGCCAUUGGUCCUCUAGAUGAUCUGUUUCAUGAGGCAGCAGUCUUCUUAGAAACAAAGAUCUUGAAGACUACCCUGCUUAGUAUUCUUCAGGAAAGGAUUUAUUCUCUUGAAGCUAAUUUACUGCCAUUUUUGUCUUUGGCUGGUUUUACCCUUCAGGAAGCAGAUGUUGUUGUUUACCCCACGUCUAGCUCUGAGUUAUUUGAGGCAUGUGAACUGCUCAUUACGCUUCUUAAUGGGCUAGACGAUGAUCAGCUGAGCAUCAUCUCAGCUUGCAUUGAAGAGACAGGCAUUUCUCAAGAUAUUCUUUGUUUGCUGAGACCUGUUUGGGACACUGACACAAGAGAAGUAGAAAUGCCAAGUGAUUCAUGUUUACUGCAAACAGAUACUGGGAAGAAACUAUCACAGGCAUUUGGAUUUGAAGUAACAGAAUUUCUGCUGUCAUUAUCUGAGGACAAUGUACGGGAUGUACAGGCUCUGUAUCUUAUUAUUUUUCUUGUGGUAGGCAGUUCUGAUACUCAACAGCAAUAGGUAACUCAGCAUCCACUAGAUAUUCCUGAAAAUUAAGAUAGCAUGUUAUUGCUUUUGGAAUGUUUUGCUAUGUUAUUUAUGUUUUACAAACAGCAGUUAAAUCUCUGAGAUAUUUAGAGUGGAAUUGAAAUUCAAGUAUGAACUCAAGCUGUUCACUUUUUAUUUCACUGCUAAUAUUUCUCUUAUAAAACUGAUGAUAGUUUGGUAAUUUAUAAACAUUCACAAAGUGGAUUAUGUGAGAAGAGCUAGUGGUAAAUACUUUCAUUUCUUAUACUUAAGUGUACAAAAAAAUGUGUCAAAGUUAUAAAUAUUUAAGGUGACCAGACGUCCUGCUUUAGGCGGGACAGUCCCGCUUUAGACCUCAUGUCCCGCCUGCUAAUUGGGCGGGACGCCCAAUGUCCCGCUUUCUGGCUUUCUGGCAAGUCCAUCAAAUGUCCCGGUUGUCUUUAAAAAUCACUUUUUUCGGCGUUCUUUGACGGUGACGACACCAUCAUCGGCACGUGUCCCACUUUCGCCCUCGAAACGUCUGGUCACCUUAAAAUAUUUAUGUAGACAUAUUUGUCGUAGACAUUUUCUGCUUUAGGCUUUAAAAAACCCUGUAUUUUUGUUAGCUUUAUUUUUUAGCCACUUAAGUCUUUUUUAAAAGUUUAUACCAAUGGGCUUAUUUAUUUUUGAGAUAUAAUUCACCCUAUAACAUUUGAAUGUGAAAUAUUGCACCUCCAUGUUCUCACCAUGUGUGUUCACAUUUUUGACUCGUUCAGCACUAAGCAAUAGUGAUGCCUUCUUGGAGCUUGUGCCUUGAAGGUACUUUUUAUUUACAAAUUUAUAAAUCUGGUUGGAAGGGUGUGACAAUAAAUGAUACUUACCCUUCACAGCCUGAAUUGUUACAAAAAUUUUAAUAUUAUAAAUGUUUUUGUUAUAAAAAAAGCAAUAAAUGUCCUUCAUGGACAUUUUGUACCAACAGUAGAACAGAUGAAUUGUUAGACUGGUCAAAAAGGAAAAUAGUACUGACUUCCAACUUUGUAUAAAUCACAUUUGUAUAUUUGAAGCUGUAUGAACACACACCUUACGUGGGUAUAGUACACAUCGUCAUUUUCAGAAUCAUCAUCAGAUAAAUGUGAAAUGAGUGUGCAUGUCAUCAGCUUUUGAUUAGAAAUCUAAGGAUUUGUGUUUGAAAAUAAGUAGACUUUCAAUGUUAGGAUUUUAAAUUGAUGCCUUUUUAAGAUAUGAUCACUGUAAUGUGUCAGGAAAGGAAUGGAUGCAUAACCUAUACAAAAUUGUAUUCAGGUUUUAAGAAGAUUGUUUGGAGACAUAUGAACAUAUUAUUAACUCACCCCAUCAGUUUCAGAGCAUGUCAGAAUGGUAUUUUUUUAAAAAAGACUAUAGCAGGGUUUCCCAUCCAUAAGUGUAAGGGGUUUCGAACACCCCCGUCCUCCCCCCCAAUAAAAUUGUAAAUUUUCAGACUUUUCAUUUGAAUUGUUAGGGGUUUUUUUUUAUCCCAAGCCAACAACUUGCCAGUUAUACCCAAUACCCACACACCUUCUUCUUGAGUUCUUAGAUAUUUUACUUCCCUCCAUCACAAACAUUGUAAAUGUCAACUUGUCAUCAAGUGUUUUCCCAUCUUUGUUAAAAAAUGCUCUAGUGAAGCCACUUCUUAAGAAAUCCACACUUGAUGUCACACCCUGCUUCACUUUCUUGUGGUGUCCCUCAAGGGUCAGUACUUGGCCCAGUUCUGUUUAUUCUCUAUAUGAAGCCCUUUUAAUACUGCAUCCAGUCUCACAACGUUUCUCAUCAAUCAUAUGCUAAUGAGAUAGGCAACUGUACUGUUCCACUCCACUGUCUGAGUCUCACUCUGCUACUAUCACCAUAGAAUACUGUAUGAAUGAAGUGAAAGACUGGAUGGUGACAAACUUAAACUCAGUGAUGAUAAAACGGAAGCCCUCAUAUGUUUAAGAGGAAGAAAUACAUCUUCACUCAUUUGUCCAUCAAGUCACAUAUAGGUGGGUGAAACUGUAUGCUGUUCAUGUUUCGUUCUUAUUCUUAAGCUGUAAGAGCAUAUUCCUUAGGAGUGUGAGUAUGCGCUUUACAAAUUUUGCAUUUAUUAUUAUUAUCCCCCUUCUACACCAAAAAAAAAAUAUUGGAGAUAUUGAUAAUUACCAUGAAAAAAGUGCACAGUAAUGUAUAUUUCUACAUAUUAUUGUGACCUUUAUCCAUGAUGUCAUGUUUUAUUCAUGUAAACGUAUAACAUUGAUGUUUAUAACAAAUGAGGACAAACUCCUUACAUGCCCUGUUUGUUACUAAAUGUCUUAAAAUGUUGAUACCUCCAACCUAAACUCCUUUACAUUUUCAGAACCCUGAUGCCAAAUCACUUACAGUUCAGACCUUUUUGCAAAUUUUCUUGAUUAGGAUUUCUGUUAUUUGUUUUACACACAUUUCUUUGCCAUGGGAAACUCUUCUGUAGUUUUUAUUCACACAUAGCACUUGGUACAAAGAGAAAGAUGAUUUUAUCUUACAUUUGUGCAUUCCUUUUAUGUUUUCCAGUUUUGCUGUUUUAUCAUAUUUACUGUUAUACUGCUUUGUAAAUAAAAUUUGUUUUAUUGUUCUUAUUGCUUGAAACAAAAGUCAGUGGUAUUAUUUUUGUUUCUGUUUUUAAGUUUUAUAUUGCUACUUGUGAUAACAGUAAACUUGUUUGUAACUGAAACUUAAUUUUUUUAGUUUUGCUAAAAGAUGUAAUCUAACAUGCUAAAUCUGGAAAAUUGUAUGCCAUGAAAAGUUUAAUCAUUGUUGCUGUUUUACUUUGAAGUGUGUUUUUUCAAAUCUAAAUGAUAUACAAAGUAUUUGUCUUUUUAUUUGACAAAAUCAUGGCUGUUAAUAAUACUGCAUUUAGCUAUUUUACAUUUUCUUAAUGAAACAUGCUCCUUAUAUGUAUAUAUAAAAUGUAUCUAACUGUUCAUGUGGCAUAUUUUCUUUAUAUAGAUAGUUAUCAAAAUGUGCACAGCCCAUAAUGUGUACAGUUUUUUUCUGGCUUGUGAGUUAUGCAUAUAUUUCUUAUGCAUAGGAGUAUGUACAUUUAUUCACAGGGAUAUAAAAAUAUGAAUGCAUGUACAGUGACCUACUUAAUUUAUUCAAACAAUUGGAAAUAGUGUUGAGCAUAGUUAUUUUCACAAACACUCUCAUCCAAAUGUUAUUUUUCAUACUAAAGAGGAAAAGGAACUGGUGAAAAUAUAUCUCUUAGAGAGAGGAAUUAUAUUUGUUUAAGAGCUGUUUCUUAAAAGGCCAGCCAGAGUGAAACAUUUUUUCAAAUGAAUGAGUUUAGUUUAUUCUUGAAAUAUGAGCAAAUAACCAUUUUAGAAAAUGUGUCAUUUUAUUAAUAAUUGAAUAGCUAGUAAAAGCUAGUUGUACAUCAUAGCAGAAAAUAGAAAUAAAAGAAUUUAAAUUGCUUGAUAAUAAUUCUGACAUGUCACAGACUAAACUUCUUUCUGCUGACAGGUGAGAAUGCUAAUGUUUGAAAAGGUUUUAUCUUCUAAGCGGAAAUAUUAUUUUCCUGGACAUUGAGGAUUGUCUUCUAUCAUUUAACAUUAAUUCCACUGUGCAUGAGGCUGAUAGAUUUUACCUGGCCAUGGAAUGCUGUGCUUAUACACACCAAAACAGAAAACAAAAUAAUAACCACAUAAAGUUCAUACUGUUUAUUGCUGACCUUAUGCUGCAGUGCCAAAAUUUCUUUAACAAGGUUUAUUUUUUAGGAACAUACAAAUUUGAGUUAGGUUUGAUAUAGGAAAAUAGUUUAGGACUUUUUAUACUGCAUUUAUAUUUUGUUCCCUGUUCUUAUUGAUCCUGUUUAGGUCUUAAACAGCUGCAUACUUUUUCUGAGGUAAGCAGUUAUCUACAUUUUUUCCUUCAGAGAGGAAGAUGCAAUUUUCUCACUAAAUACUCUUCAGCAACUGACAUAGAAUCUAAGUCAGCUAGAAGAGCAUACUGAUUUUACAUCAAUAUUGCAAUAAACAUACCCUUGGACUUCCAGAUAAUUUUUACAUCAGUACUUUUGUAAAUUUUUCAUCAGUGAUUCCAUCUAUUUUUUACAUUCAUUUGAAAUGCCAUGUUUUUUCACUGUAUUUUACAAGCCACCUUCCUGCAAAAAAUGCAUUAUCCUUUACAUAAAUUUUCAUUAAAGAUUAUUCUUUUGUAUUUGAUCCAGGCAGCUGCACAUUAAUUGUGACUUAUUUUGCACAACUGUUUACAAGUACAGUAUUGUUGUGGAGAGUUUAACAAUUAUUUAUUUAAAAAGCCUAUUUGUAAAAUUGUCACAUUUUCUGCCUCUUUAUAAAAUUCUUCUAAAUAGC